AUGAAUGGUUCUGAAGGUGGGACAGGACGUGUACGCGAUGGUGCGUUAAGGGGAGAUGAAAGGGGAGACUUGUUUGACGUCUCUAGAAGGGAGAUCACCAUUAAAGCAGGCGAGGAAACCUCAACAGGGGCUACUACUCUCAAUUCUGAGGAAUUGGUACAAAUGGAGGAUCUUGACGUAGACGACAUUGUGGGCUCUAGCGAUGGCUUUGUAACAACCCAUCAUAAAGUUGAGUUCCAAGGAAGUGCAUGGAAUGUUGUUCUGGAAAAAUGUUAUGACGAGCUUUAUGCCGCCUUUCGCAGUUCGACUGCAAAGGCAUUAGGACUCCCCGAAGAAGAUGUUUUUGGAAUUAUUUUCUCAAUCGGAUCACUUGUGGCGCAUUUUUCAAUUCGACACUCCUUAUCCUUUUCGGGAAAAGGUAUAAAUCACGCCCUCAUCACAAACGACUACACAGAAGUCUGGGCAAUAUACCGUAAAGAGGGGGGAAAACAUGGAAUACCUCAAUUAAUUAAGGCAGACAGACUGUUACCAUCCACAGUAUCACACGAGGAAAUUAAACAAAAUUUUACAGACAGUCAAUCGAUGGAAAGUAAAAGGAAAACGGAAAGUAGUCACGGCACCACGACGCAUCAUACGAUAGAAGAAAUUUCUAACACCCAACUCCUUGCUCAACAAAGCCUGCCCUCUAGUACUUCCUCAUCCCGCAUCAAAAGCUUCAGAGGAGAAUUAUGGGGUACUAUUCUACAAGACCACAGAGACGAACUUCAAAGGGCAAUAGAACGUGACAUUGCUGAGGUCACGGGUCUUACUGGAAAAUUAAAAACACAACUAUCCCUUGAGGGUGGGAAACUAAUUGCGUUGUCUACGGCGACUCACGACAACAACGAGAAGGAUCCAAAAAUAAAUCAAAAGCUAGAAGAACACGACUACCCGCACGUCUGGAAAUUAUACAACGAAAAACGGGACAUAUUAAUAAAGAAAUUUAACAAUGGUAAACCCAGACCAAGAAGAAGCUCAAAACCAAGGGUGUCCUUUCAAGCUAAUGGGUCUCAACACAGCUCGCCAACCUUUCACGGGCCCACGCGUUUCCCAGAAACGCGCAUCAAAAGCCACGGUCAAAAUUUGCACGCUGCGGAAAGGUCUAAUGGGUGA